AUGACAACCGACGAAGUCAUUGCGCCCAAUUGUCAAGGCUGCUCCAAAUUGAUUGAAGAAGGUGCUGUCGUUGCAUUUGGUGAUUCCUUAUUUCAUGUCAAAUGCUUCAUCUGUGCUAAAUGCGGUGAAUGUGUGGAUGACAAGACAAAUCUAUUACUGCUGGAUGAUGGCAGACCCGUAUGCGACAGCUGCUCCUAUACAUGUGUGGCAUGCAAUCAAAUUAUUCGAGAUGAAGCCAUCAUGACAGGAGAAAAAGCCUAUCAUUCCAACUGCUUCAAAUGCGUUUCCUGUGACAAGACAAUCGACGAUUUGAUAUUCACUCAAACUGCCAAGGGCAUUUACUGUACUGCUUGCAACGAAAUUAGAAAGGCUGAGAAAUCCAGCAAGAAAGCCAAGGCUACUACUGCUACAGGUGCUACUACAAAGACAUCGGAGUCAUCGCUGAGCCUCGGCUACCAACAACACUCUCAUCAACAGCCUUUGUCCUGCAGUCCACAGGAUCAAGUGCGAUCCAUGAUCAAUCAGCCAAAGCUGCCUACACCAGUGCGUUCUCGCAGCAAUUCCCUGAAACAAAAGACCAGCCUGGAGAGCAGCAGCAGCAUCAGCAGCAGCAGCAUCAGCAGCACAAGCAUCUUGCCAGACUUUACAUUUUCCUUUUUUGAAAACGAUUCGAGCGAAUUAGAUAAUCUAUCCAACACACUGGGCGCUAAUUUGGCGCUGGGUAGCACUGGCAAAGAGCACGAGGAAUCUACACCACAGUAUCGCAUCAAACGAGCAUCAGAGAUUUUGCAGUCUUCGCUUCGCACGUCUUCUCUGAGUAAAUCAAGCUUUGAGCCCACCACAGCAACACACAAUGAAGAACUGGUGGAAACUCGAUCUAGACUGAAAGAACUCGAAGAAAAUUACAAAGUGUUGCAGGAUGCAAGCCAACAAGCUUUGAAUGAAUUUUCGCAGCUCAAGGACGAUUUCGAGCGAGAAUCCAAUAUCAAAAGACAGCAGGAGUUUACCAUUGUGUCACUCAUGAAGAAGUCGGGUGGUUUGCUGUCUAGAAAGGAAAUUGACAAGCUUGCUUAUUUGAGAGUGGAGCUCGAACGCACAUGCAAGGAGCUGAUCCAUUACCGCGACAAGAUUGCAGCUGCCAUUGAUGAGAGCAUGACCAGCAGUGUGCAUUCCAGCUAUCAGAAAUCGCUCAAAUCACAGAUCAAAUCAUUGACACAGGAACGGGACGCUUUAAAAUCUCAGACAAAGGACCUGACAACAUCUCGCGACGAAAUCAUACAUGAAAUGGUUCUACUCAACACUAAGAAUGCAGAAUUAACCACCAUGAACAACGAUUUAUCCAGAAGAGCCAUUGAGAAAGAAGAAGCCACAUCGACGCAUUUGGGUGCCAUGCCACUAUCCAACUCAUCACCGCCCCUCUCACCCUCACAGUCAUCCGACACCUCUUCUGUCGUGCCGCCCUCCACUAUACAACAGCAGCAGCGUCCACGCAGGCCAUCCAAUGCCAGCUCAGUCAUGUUCAAUGUGUCGUCCAGAAAGAGCUUCAUAUCUGAUCAAACACCUACGCUUUUUCGUCUCAAAAAGAAGGGCAGUACCAUGUUUGGCAAACUCGGUGCAACGACAACAACCAGCACCACUAAAUCAAGUAAAUUAGAUACACCAGCAGCACCAAUGCCUACCGCUUCCACUUCCUCCUCUUCCUCUAUAUUUAGAACCACAUCAAGAUCUAUUUAUAACAACCCAAAUUACAGCAGCAGUUUACAGAGUUUGAGCUAUCAAGACAGCCACAGUCUGGGCAAAUCAAGCAAGAAAUCAUUCAUGGAAUCCAGCGCAUCCUUGUCUCAUGCUGGUCAUGAGAGCCAUUCCUUCCAACCCACCUCCUUCUUGCGACCUGUGAAAUGCGGAUCUUGCGGUGAUAAGAUUUGGGGCAGAAGCGAAUACCGUUGUGAUGGAUGUGGAUUCUCGUCUCAUUCCAAAUGUCUGAGCAAGGUACCUCAGCAUUGCACAGCAGCUCAAACAAGCAGCAGCUUUGAUUUGGGCUAUCCUUCCUCUGCUUCCUUUGACAACACAAGUGGGCCCAUGGAUAUCGAAAACAAGCCCUUGCCUCAGCAACCCAAGAAAUCGCUAUCAGAAUGUAGCAUGUUUGGUGGAGAUUUGUCAGAACGUGUUCAUGCUGAAAACCGUAGUGUACCACUCAUUGUUCAAGAAUGCAUCAAGGAAGUCGAAGCACGUGGUUUGGACUAUGAAGGUAUAUACCGAAAAUCAGGUGGUGCAGCACAAAUCCGUGCUAUACAACUGGCCUUUGAAAAUGGCGAGCCUAUCAACCUGAGCGACGAAGAAGAAUACAAUGACAUUUGCGCUAUUACAAGUGUGCUCAAGCAGUAUUUCAGAGACCUCCCUAACCCUCUGUUGACCUGCGAGCACUAUGAUAGCUUUAUUCAAGUGGCGACAUUAGAUCAUAACGAAAAGAAAAUGGAAGCCUUUUCCAACAUACUACACCAACUUCCCAAAGCACAUUACGACACCAUUGCCCUGCUUUUCCAACAUCUCGUUAAAGUGUACCAACAUUCGGAUGCCAACAGAAUGUCUGUCAAGAACCUGGCCAUGGUAUUUGCGCCUACACUAAUGCGACACAGCGAUGCAUCCCGCGAUUUCCUUGACAUCAGUUACAAGAAUGCCACCAUCGAAUACAUACUUUUGCAUGCAGUCGAGUUAUUCUCGACAGCUAGCAAUCCUGCUUGCUAA